ACUUGCUUUCAGAGCCCCUCGGUCCUUGGAAGAGUCAGGUCACACUAUUCUGUGUAUUAGCCUAAUACCCUAAAGAAUACAGACACAACCUCAAGCACCUACUGCCAUCCAGAUAAUUUUAACACACAGGUCACCAUGUCACAGCACUCCUUAAUGACAGUAAGGGAGAGGAAGAUGCAGGCGGCAGCCAUUUGCAGAGAAAUUCAAGGCACUGGAGGGGCAGAGAUGGAUCUGGGGAGAAAGGUGAACACCCCAAAAGAAAUCAUGCUGGAGGAACUCUCUUUAGCUUCCAACAGAGGCUCUCGGCUUUUCAAGAUGCGCCAGAAACGCUCAGAAAGAUACACGUUUGAAAGCAUUCAGAGAGAGACAAAUGUUCAAGUCAAUAAUGGUGCGCCACAUACUGAAACCACAGACAUGAACAAUGAUGCCAACGGUGUAGGAGUUGACCAGGCACCGACAAAUCCCCCAAACCCACCUGAUCCACAAAACCUUUCCAAUCCCAAUUUAAUAGCUCCAGGUUAUGGAGGUCCCUUGAAGGAUGUUCCAGCAGAGAAAUUUAACUGCACCGCUGUUCCCAAAUCCUACCAUUCUCCAUGGGAUCAGGCUCUGAGCAGUGACCCCUCUCUAGCUGCCACACUGCUUCUUCAAAUGCCUGAACCUGAACCCAAAUCUCAGAAAACACAGUACAAGAGUUUUAACAGGGUGGCCACACCAUUUGGUGGCUUUGGAAGUUCAUCCAAAGCUCCAGUCAAGUCACUAGCUGCUGUCCCAAGUCUCCCCAGUCAUCUACCUGUAGAAGUUCCGACUGACCCUGUCUCCACAAGACCCUCUUUUAACCGCUUAGCUCUAGGCUGGGUGUCUGAAAGUGACCCCCUGCUCCUGCCCGCUGCUACCCUGGAGCUCAAUUCAUCUAAGAUGCCCAUGUUUAUUCCUGAAUCUGAUGAACUCUGAGCAACAUUUAUAUUGCUAAUGUGGUAAAUAAGAUGCUGUUUUUCACAAUAUUUAUUGCACUUUCAGAAAUAAAAUGUGAAAAUAAAUAACACCUAGGAAAUUGCAGAUUAGCAUAAUGCAUAUAGAUAGAUAGAUAGAUAGAUAGAUAGAUAGAUAGAUAGAUAGAUAGAUAGAUAGAUAGAUAGAUAGAUAGAUAGAUAGAUAGAUAGAUAGAUAGAUAGAUAGAUAGAUAGAUUAUUACUGCUAUAUAUACACCUAUACAUCUGCAGCUUAAUGACUAUUAACUAACCACUUUCAUUAAAAAGAAACUACAAUAAUAGGUGUUAUUUAUUUCAAUAUUGUAUGCACAUGGGUAUUUCUGAAAGUGCUAUUCUCCAAUAUGUACAAUAAGUGCUCUUACAAGUCUAAAGACAUGCAGUCAGGCCAGUUGAAACUACCAAAAAUUGCCCUAAGUGUGAGUUUGGGUGUGUGUGAAUGUGUGUGUGCCUAGUGAUGGACUGGCGACCUGUUCCAGAUGUUCCCACCAUGAGCCUGACCUGGAUAAAGCAGUGUUAAAAAUAGACAAUGAAAGAAAAGUUUUGAAACUUUGAAAACCUUAAAAAUGGAAAAAUGUGUAAAAUGAGAAAAAACCUAUUCAGGCAGUGUGUUAAGUCUAGAGUCUAAAUACCUGUGUGCACAAUUUUACUAUUAACUUGUCACAACCCAGGCAUAACUCUAGUCUGCUACCUUGGUGUGUGAGUUCAUAUGGGCACAUACCAGAGAAGGGUUUAUUAUAAACAACUUAAGUUGCUCAGCUACUAUAUGUCUGGGCAAUCAGACUUGUUCAGCAUCUUCAAGGUUAUAAUCUUCAGACCUGACAAAUCAAAUCUGUUUUACUGACAAGAAAGAGAUGAGUGAUGUGCAGCUUGGCUUUUGGCUACAUUGCUGUCUCUUGCAUUUUGUGAAGGAGACCUUGAUGGGUUCUUUGUAUCUAAGUCAAAGCUAAAUGUACUUUAUACUUUAGUUUUACUUGCAUCUUUACCCAUCUAUCCAAAAUUGAGCAGACACACAUUUAUUCUUGUUCAACAAGGUGUGGAGAUGAGAUUAAUUAUUACAUAGACGUGUAUGGAACAUGUAUGCCAUGGCAGGAAUUGUUGGGACAGUAUGGAAAAUGUAAAAAAAAAAUAUUUUAUUUUAACACUGCACAUUACUUUUUCAUUUUCUAUACUGUCCCAACUUUUGGGGGUUUUGAUUUCUGCAACUCAUUUCUGUGACAGAAAUAAUAAAAAGGUAUUCCUUUAUUUAAAUGUUUUCACUUUAUUGUGGCUCUUCUAAAGAAAUAUGCUGGGUUAAUGAAUACAUACAGCAACUUCUGGUGGUAUCAGUUCUAGAAUGUCAUUUUUAACUCCACGGAUUAGUCUCAUAAUUUCUUGUUAAUAAUUUAAACUUAUUCUCUGUGGAAAUUCACUGUGGGCUAGUGUCAAAGAAGCAGUCGGCAAUUGCACACAAGGAGAAAAAGGGCAACUUACAGCUACUCUUCAUUAUAAAAUUCACAGUAUUGUAAGGUUCUGUGGCGUUUGUGGGACUUACCACUCUUCCCCGACGUCACAGGCCUUACAGAGCAGUACGGAGCUAGGCCUUUAAUAAUAGGCCAGCUCGUUAGGGCGAACGACCUGCAGCUACGGCUCCCUUAUUUAAGGGCACGCCGCCUGGCUGCAGGCGUCGCACCUCCUGUCUUGUUUGCUCUUUUCGUUUUGGGCACUGCGGUGUCCGUGGGGACUGCUGACGGCUCCCCCACGCUUCUUUUGUAGUUCUAGAGGUACCCCCGGUGGCAUAAGGCCAUCAGGGUGUGUAGACCGCAAGGUUGAGGUAAUUAGCUUUGCUUUACCUUUCUUAGAAGUAGCGUGGUGCGAUCCCGUGCAGUCCUCGAGCUGCUUUUUAUUUUCUUCGUAGCAUUUAGCUUUAGCGGGUGAAGCCAGCCCCGUGAGAUGGCGCUGGAGCUUUCACCGCUUUAGUCUGCUUAUUGAAUCUAGCUUGUGGGUUCUGCAACCGUGGGGUGGCGACGCCGUAAAACGCUCGGUUGGUUCGCCAGCAACCCCGGUUCAAAUCUGCGGUAGAAGCUUGAUUACCUGUAUCAUUAACCUGUUCUCUUUACCUUUUUUCUCGGACAGACUGACUCCAGCUGCGGCUAAUGAAGGAGCCUUCUGUUCCCCCCGAACUGCACCAGAGGUGAUUUCGGGGGCAUCCUCUUCCUAGUGGUCCAUUGGGUUCUGGAACUGCCUGGUGGUGAUGCCGCCAAGCGCUCGGCUACAACGCCACUACCCAGUUCCCCCAACUGGUUUAAGCUGAGCUCGAGUGGGUGCCGCACUGCCUGAUGGUGAAGCCGUCAAGCGCUCGGCUAUUACGCCUUCACCCGGUUCGGACCCACGUUUGUGAGCUUAACUAGCCAACUAGGAUUUUCUCUCUAUUCUCAACGCGCACUAGCGCCUUUAGCGCAUUGCGCCACUCGCUUACCCCCAGCUGCAGUAGUGCGCUGGUAACACGCCCGGCGCUCCCCUGAGCGACCGGGGUUCGCGUCCAGCGUCCUUUAGUUUUUCCCCUUUUUCUUUUGUUCUUGCCUGCAGCAUCCAGCUGCGUCCAUAGGGGUUCUUAUGUUUGUUUUUGAUUUCUGUUUUGUGUGUUUGUUAUUUUUCAUUUAAGAAAUAAAAUUAUUAUUUCAAUUUAAA